GUGGGCCGAUCUGCGGCAACGGCCUACGCGAAGGGGACGAGCAGUGCGAUUGCGGCUACACCGAGGCCCAAUGCCAAGAGAAGUGCUGCUACGUCCGCAGAAAUACCGUCAACGCGCAAGGGUGCACCCUCAAGUCGGGCGCCGAUUGCAGUCCGUCGGCGGGACCGUGCUGCGACAGUGACUGCAACCUGCAUCCCUCUGACGUGCUCUGCCGUCCUGCAACCGAGUGCCGAGAGGCAGUGUUCUGCUCCGGCCAAAAUGCUUUCUGCCCCCCGGGAGAACCGAAGCCCAACCUCACCGCUUGCAACAAGGGCACGCAGACGUGUAUCGACGGCGAUUGUGUGGGCUCCAUUUGCCUCAAAUACGGCAUGCGGGAGUGUUACCUGUCGGGAGACGGUUACACGGUCGACGAGAAGUGCCUAAUUGCGUGCGAGGACCAAGGAAAGUGCAGUGAGGCGUGUCACUAUCCGGCCAUGAAGUCGCUAUGCGGGGCCAAGAUGCGACCUGGAUCCUCGUGUGACGACAAGCGUGGUUACUGCGACGUCUUCCAAAAAUGCCGCCGCUCGGACGAGCAGGGAUUGCUGACGAGGCUGGAGGAGGCGCUUUUUGCCUCGGACACCUACAAAUCUGUCAGCGAUUACGUUAUGAUGCACCCGUACAUGUCGGCCCUCUACGUGCUCCUCUUCGUGGCCCUGAUGGCGCUGUUCUUCCACUGCUUCUCCGCGCAUACGCCCAGCAGCCACCCACUCAGGCCACACCGCGACUUCAAGAACAUCCUUCGCUACCGUUGGAAAACAUACCGCCCACGACGUAUGUGACAUUCGGCCGGGCCGUUUUUGUGCUUGGAGUCAAGGAGUCGCUCCCGGACCUCUGGCGCGGGGCGCGCUGACCGCGGAUCGCUGUCAGGAGCACCAGGAAAU